ACCAACCUAAUCGGUUCAAUCUCACAUUUAUGAUCGUUUUCUCAAAAGAGUCAGUGCACAACGCCACCCGCAGUCUGGGCACUUAAUAUCUAGUAUAGUAACCAUAGUAACCUAAACUGAUGCGGUCCCUAGCGAAUCUGCCAACCUUGCCAACCUUACAUGGCACCACCCGGAACACCACCACGGCCAGUCACGUUGAUUCCCCGCACCCCACACAGACCCAGGUAGAUGGCCAGGUUGAUCAAGCUAUAAUACCAACCGAGGCUGGCGCAACCAGAAGGCUCUCUGUCUCUUCACCCAAGAUGUUGUUCUCCGAUCUGUACAAGUCGACAAAGUCGCCGCUGGCCAAACUGCGGCGCCACUCGCAGAUUGCGCCUACAGUCCCGGAUUAUGAUCCUGAUCUUACGAGCCGGGAUAAAACCAAGCAGAAAGAUGCCAUCAAACGUGUCCUAGCAGCUAAGGUGCGGAAUGACUGGAAUUUCAAAUGGUCACGUUCAUGUAUAAGGCCGAAUUCGAAAGGAGGGGAGAUCGGGCCUACAGUCAAUGCCCACCAAGAUGAUCUUAUUGCAGAGGAAACGGAUUCCGGAGAUGAUGCCGCCUCGACAUACAGCACAGUUUCGGAGGACCUUGCUCAUUUUCGCCCCCGAUCCGAGUGGUUAUCAGAUAUGCCUGACGAUGACGACGAUGUACCAGUAUCACCUUCAGCUUACCGUUUUGACAAUCCGGAUGCCGUUGGUGUUUCGGUGCAAACUGAAGCUUUAGCUAAGAGCGCAAAGCGAAGGAGAGCAAUACGUUGUGAAAUGGUAUGGAACGAUGGGUUAGCUUGCUUCAAUGCCCGGCGAGAUGCCUGGACAGGUGCGAAAGCGGCUCGCAUUCGCCCAAGAGCACCCUGUCCGACAGUCACUUCUCCUACCUCUAAGCGUCUCUCAUGGUGGCAUCUUUCAACUUCGCCAUUACCUUCGUCACCUACAGACUCAACGGGUGCAGCUACACCCCUAAGUCCUAGUGCAACACGUACGUCUGGCGAUACAACCGUUGUGGCGUCAUCUGAUGUGGAGUCUAAAGAGGCAAAAACGAAAGAGGAUAGCUCUACAUAUCCAGUAGAGACUCUUAUUCCCAUACCACAGCCUAUUCUACCUGCGGCCACUCCUAUGCGUGCCUCGAUCACCCCGACCGCAUAUUCUACUAUCUACGACAAGAUUGUGAUACAAUCUGCAACCCCAUCAUGUCCCGUCAAUUUAAAUGAUGUGAUCCGUGCCUGUGUCGUCGGCUGGAAACGAGACGGUGAAUGGCCGCCUCGAGCAGCUGAAGCUCCUCCCGUUGUAGCAGUACGCAGGAGAAAGAAGGAAAGCAGCACGGACAGCAAACCCAAUGCAUCCAAAAGGAUGAGCUUCAGUUUUUUAGGGCGGCGGCAAAGUGUAGUGGGUGAUCCUAGCAAUCUCGCGGAAACUACGUCGCAUCCGGAGACUCAAGUUACAGGGAAGGCAUUUAAAAAGGGCCUGCAGCGCGUUUUAGGACUCGGAAAUGACAGAACAAUCAGCAAUAUCAGUAAUCAGUAACUACGGGAACUUCGGCGGAUAAUGGAUUCGGGCGGAAAGAAAGACUAAGGCGCUUAGGGAGUAAGGCAAACUUGAAGACAGGCGCGAAAGGUGGAUGGGAAAGGAAGAUUGGACCGGGAUAGUUCACGACAGUACCCUCUGGGGCUCUCAAGGAGGAUGCGAAUUCUCGGCAUUUAGGCAUAUACCCAGCAUCGCUUUCGGCGUUUUCCACUUUACCUAGCUUCAAACUAGCCACCGUCGCGUGGCGUACGCACAUACAUACUUUGUCAACAGACUCUAGAAUGAAUUUAAUAGGUCGUUGCCUUUUUUUCUCAUACAAU